AUGCAUAACACGGGAAAAAGAUAUUCAGAAACAGCUAAAAAAGUUGCUGCAGGAAGGGCCAGAAAGCGCAGACAAGCUUACGAGAAAGACCAGUUGGAGAAACAACAAUUGGCGGCUCAAGAGGCUCAGAAAUGGGAACAAGGUGCAAGAACUCCUAAUGAGAAAAAGCUGGCAUUGGAGCAAAAAAAGGCAGAGAAGUUGAGAGCCAAGAAGGAAAGGGAACAUUUAUUAGCCGCCGAAGAAGAAGUGUUGGGUAGAGGCGGCAAGGGAAAGAGAUACUGA